CUUUCGCAUGAGUCAGUAUCGAGUGAACGUUUUAUGUGAACUGUACACUCGUCUCUAUGCUGCUUAGCUUCACGCCGUGGCGCGCGAUUUUUAUGUUACUAUUGUUUUAUCGUUGUUUUAACGUGGAAACUUAGAACUUAAAGUGCGACUAGAACAAUUAAUCAGGGAUUGUGUAUUUACGUGUGAUUUGAUUGAAAGUGAGUGCCUAUAAGAUCGAAGGAUGUGAUAUAAACGAGCUAAGCCAACUGAAACAAAGAGAACAAAAGGAAACGAGAAGAAGGAGAGUGAAUAGUUGUUUGAACCUUUCGAAGCAAGUUACUGGAUGUUGCUGUUGAUCCAACGAAGUGAGGAAGAAUAAAUGAGGGAGGAGAAUGAGAAAAUUCGAAACGCAAGGGAAUGAAGGAGUGCGCUUAGCUUAGGCGUAUAGGAAAUACGCGUGGAAAAUAUGAUGAAUUGAUCUGAAUGCGCGCAUAUAUUAAACGAAAAGUGAAUUAAUUACUCGGAAACGUACGCCUUUUACUGUAAGAAAAGUAGUGGAAAAUAUUUAAUACAAAACGCAUGGUGAAUGUGUUUACUUUCGCUUCGUUAUCAUAAAACAUGUGCAUUUGAAAUCGAUUUCGGUUUGGUGAGUUUGAAUGGUACCGAUAGCGAAAUCGAAACAGUGUGGUGCCUUAACAGCUUGUUACAAUUGAUGGAAGAAAGAUUUUUCUGACGAAGUGCAAACAGUGCAUUGGUUUUGAGAAGCAAAUCAUCGGAUAACUGAUCUCGAGAUUACGACACUUGCCAUUAAACCGUUCAACCGGCGAAGCAAGUUACAACUGUUCAGUGAGAUAUAGAAGAGAGUAAAAGUGGAUUCUUCCUAUGCAAGAGUCGACUGGUGAUCGUGAUUGUAAUUUGGAUAUUCAUUAAUCCAUCGGUCUGCAGUGGCAGCUGUUUUGUUGUUCCUUCAUUUCGCCUCAUUUUACGACUCCCAAAGUCGGGCGGUGAAGGUAAUUAAUUGUAUGCAUCAGUGCGCUGUAAUUCCGAAUGUCCAUGAGCUGCUGCUGGAUUAAAUGAACAGAUACCCCCAGCACCAUUCCAAUCAGCCGUUACAAUCAUAGUCUAUCGGUGAAAUGUGCAGUCGGCGCCAACGGACAGGCAAAACUGACCUUCUAAAGUGUCCAAGAAAAGCACCAACGUUGUAACAGUCAGGUUGCCAUUAAUUAAGCAAGUGAACACGUUCUCCCAUUGGCAAAAGCUCUGACGGACACGAGAACUGACAUACAGAUGCACACACCGGCCAUUCACCGUAGGCCCAUGAAACCGACCGGAGUAUUUUAAGGACCACAUUAGCUAAUAAAUGCAAUCUCUAAUUAGCCAGAUAAUCAAACACCGCACAGCAGCGCUACUGACAAUGCACCGAGUGUGAAACGGAGUCAAUUGAGCCCCACAGGGAAGGCGUACUCAAAUGCCCCAAAAGCCUAGAGGCAUUAUAUAGAGAAUAGUGUACUCAAAUAUACGUAGCAGGAAAACCUAUAAAGUAUCGCAGAAAAGCACAAGCAUGACGACGACCAAGACGAAGGAAACCGGCAGCAGAUCGGUAGCGAUGCUGAGGAGGCACCUGCACCCAUAUCUGAUCGUCCUUUUAGUGUUAGUUAGCUGCUGUUUAGAUAGGAUUGACAGUUGGACACCAGACGUCCUGACCAAGUCAUACAUUACAUACGAUAACACGAUACCAGCCUUCUUCGGCAACAGCACUGAUUACUUUAAGUUGCUAGAUCAAGAUGACAAUUCGAUACUGAUAGGGGCGCGAAAUGCGCUGUACAACAUCAGCCUGGAUCGGUUAAUCGAGCAUCCGAGCCAGCGGGUCAUGUGGACCUCAUCCGACGCUCACCGGGAACUGUGUACACUCAAGGGCAAGACGGACCAGGACUGCCAAAACUACAUUCGAGUAUAUGCGCGGUUAGGCGCUAAUAAGAUCAUGCUUUGCGGGACAAAUGCUUACAAACCGCUCUGUCGGUAUUAUAACCUGCUGCCGAGUAAUGGUUCAAUUGCGUACGAUAACAAUGAGAUGGAGGCCCUUGGGCGAUGUCCGUACAAUCCACUGCAUAAUAGCACUUAUGUAUUUACCGAUGGCCACCUUUACUCGGCCACGGUAGCGGAUUUCUCGGGAGCGGAUCCCCUGAUAUAUCGUGAACCGCAGCGAACGGAACAAUACGACAGCAAGCAGCUCAAUCAGCCGGCUUUUGUGAGCGCCGUGGAACACAAUGGCUAUGUGCUAUUUUUCUUCCGAGAAGUGGCCGUCGAGUACAUGAACUGUGGCAAAGCAAUUUAUUCGCGUGUAAGCCGCGUCUGCAAAAACGAUAAAGGAGGUCCACAUCCGUUGAAUGACCGAUGGACGUCGUUCCUGAAAGCCCGGCUGAAUUGUUCCAUACCGGGCGAAUAUCCGUUCUAUUUCGAUGAAAUCCAAUCCACUACGAAGACGAUCAAUGGAAUCUAUGGGAGCGAGACGAAUCAGAUCAUCUAUGCGAUAAUGACCACACCUGAAAAUGCCAUCGGUGGUUCGGCGGUUUGUGCUUUUGCCAUCCAAGACAUUCUGGACGCUUUCGAGGGCCCAUUCAAAUGGCAGCAAAGCAUUAAUUCCAACUGGCUACAGGUACCACAAAACCAAGUGCCGGAACCACGCCCGGGAAAGUGCGUUGACGACAGUCGAACGCUACCGAAAGCAUCGGUAAACUUUGUCAAGAUGCACACUUUGAUGGAUUCGUCAGUUCCGUCUCUACAUGCCCGACCCGUUUUUACGCGCGUCAGCCUACUGUACCGAUUGUCCGCGAUCACUGUCGAUCCACAGGUGAAAGCGCUGGACGGCAAAACGUACGACGUGAUCUUCGUAGGAACCAAUGACGGAAAGGUUAUUAAAUUCGUUAACAUAAUGUCGUCCGACUCGACGGAUGAGGUCAAAACAGUAACAAUCAGUGAAACUCAAGCAUUCCCAAUUGGCACCAAAGUGAACGAAAUGACAAUUUCGAAGAAGAGCAAAAAACUUAUUGUCAUAAGCAAUGGGAAGAUAAUUUCACUGCCACUUAGUAAUUGCAACGAACACGAGUUCAAAUCAUGCCGCAAGUGCCUCGAGCUACAAGAUCCCUACUGCGCUUGGGACGAUGAGAACCGAGAGUGUCGAAACACCGAUGAACUACACCAAAGUAGUCGAACGGUUGGACGUUUCUUCCAGCGGUUAGAUGGAUUAAACAUCAACGAAAUCUGCAAAAAGUACGAUCAGCGUGACCAACGACAACAUAAAGCUGAAGAAAACGACGUCUACAUGAGAGUUGAUGGGUCCGGAUCGGCGGAAAAGGAUAACCCACUGGAAACGAAGAACAUCGUCAUCAUCCAAGGCACGGUGACCUCCGUGGGCUCGGUCGACAUUGAUAAUGAAAUAUCGAAGAGCUCGAUCGAGGGUAGCGUGCUGACGAAUAAAAUUGGAUCCCAUCCUUACCACCAUAAAACAGAUACUCUUGUCAAAGAAAACGUGUCGAUUGCUUCAUUCAACUGGCAGCUCAGCGUGAUACUGAUAUUGUUUUCCGUCAUAAUUGGUAUUGUAAUUGGUUUUUGCAUCACGCAAAAAGUGAUGAAGAAGCAGUCCUUUCACGGCAGUGAACAUCGAAAUCAGCUGAAUUGGCAUCACACCAAGAAUUUGAGCAUGCUUUCGCAGAAUCGCACCAGCGGGAAGGACGUAAACCUGCUGAUGAAUACGAACACUGGCAAUCAGUACCAUACGCAGCAGCAAGCUAUCGUUCAGCAGCUUCAGCAACAUCACCAGAACAACAUGAAGGACAACAUCGACUUUGAUUUCAAAGAUCGAAGUGUUGAAUGCAAGAAUUCGACGGAAAACUUGGAGAAGGACAUCAGCAAAGGCAUGGGCACGCUGCAGAAGGUGAAAAAGACGUAUAUUUGAUAGUAAAAGACUGCUUUCGGUGAUUGGGACAAAUAACCACUGCUAGAGUAUGCAAAUCGUCACAUUUUCGGUACUACUUUAAAUCAAAAUCGUGCACAAACAAAAAAGUUUAGAGCGCCACCUACAAUGGCACUUUUCUACAGUUGGAUAGCGAAGUUCUAUAAUUUUCUUCUGCCUGUGAACUAGCGUUCUACUUCUUCCACUAAGGAAAGGUACAGGGAUGAAUGAUGUCUUCAUCUGGAUUGUGCUAGAUUACUUCAACUGCCAUAUCUUCGAGUGUCGGGCCCCUGAAAAAGAAAUCAAAUGACGGCAAUAUGUUUUUGGAAAAAAAAACAAGGGCAAAGACAUUCGAAGAGGUAGUGACUUGCAACGAGAUGGCUCUCAGGGGUAAUGCAGCACAGCACUUUAUCUGUAUGUUAAUAAUUUUAUAAUCGGACUUGACCAUUAAGCACUAAAUUUUGUUGGUAUGUAUCAUUCGUGUAACCUACAUAAUGCCAUAUAUAGACUCAUGCUUUCAAGCACGCAAACAAACCUCAGUCGCAAUUUGGUAUAUCGAUGCGAUGUGAUACUCGAAAGCAAUAACAACGACAUCAGCAACUAUCGCUAAACUUAAUAACACUUCCGGUCAAUAGACACAGGACACCGCAAUGAGAAUAAGAUUUUCUUUUCCCAACAGACUCCACAGUUGAAGACAUUCAAGCCUUAGAUGAUACAGAAAUAGUUGAUGAGAGUGUGUGAUUGAAAACCAAGUGCUGCCACCGAGUUUUGUCAAUACAUGUUACAUGUAGGUAAAAAAGCGUAUGACAACUGAAAGACCGUUCAGGGCAGCGAUAAAGAAUAGAAACCUCUGUGAGAGACUGUGUGCCUAGCACAACUCAUCCCCAACCAGCAAGCGUACAACAUUUGGUUCAAGUAGAGGCCUUAUAUAGAAACUUGUGCCCAUCAUUUAGCUCUGAAAGAUAAGCAGGGAAUACGAAACAUUAUAAUCGAACAAAAUUCAUAGGCAAAUCAUAUAUCCCUGGCUAAAGAUAUCUAGAAGCAAAGAGGCUAUCAACUUACUACAUUCUAGAUGAACAAAAUGCGUAUAGGAAAAAAACGUAGACCAAAUAUUUUUUUUUCUACUGAUUUCUUCGUAUAUCUUAAAACAACGUUGAGUUAAAACGACAAAUUAUGCCACACAUAACUCUGAAGUAGAAUAGAUCAGCUUCAAGUGCUAACAACAUCGAUAUCUCUUUGCUUCUCGUUAGCUUUGUGAAACUCUAACCGAAAUGAAAGCCUAUUGUUGCUUCAAGAGCCCCUCUUUGAAGUCAUCGUAAAACAGCAAAUAGCAAAUAGAAUGCCUUUUAAUCGCCUUGCGUAACAAUUAGCCACGAAUCCAACACAACAAGCCAACAAGAACAAAUAUGUUUUUUUCAAUUCGUUUCUACAUAAGAUGAAGGUGUGGAUUUUGGUGGUCGAAUAUUUCGCUGCAUGUACGACACAACCUGAUCGAAAUUAGCUAGGAAAAAUGCAUUUCUUUUUUUUUCGCUUGUUGAUAUAUGUAGUUAGUAUGUUCUUCCGGAAGACAUCCAUUGAUUGUUUUUGUCGACAUUUUUAGGCACGUUCCAAUUCAGUCGAGCCCAGCUCGAUUAAUUAGGUUAAGUCUUGUAUGUACGAUUGUGUGCGAGUGUAUGCCUGUAUGUGUGAGUGUCCGUACAUGUGUUGAAGGCCGAAGUUGGGCGCCAUUCUCGCACACUCAUCCAUCUUUCAUUACAUUAAUGACAGUUUUAGUGAAUAGCUAGUAUAUUUAAGUUAAAGAGACCUUUAAUUGAGAUCAAAAUUGGUUUUUAAAUGCGUAUAAGUAUUUUAGAAAGAUUUUUUGUUUAUUUUUAUUUCAUAGUAUCUAAUUGCUCAAGAAUCUCAAAUUGAAAAUACUCUUACCGAAGUAUGCGUUAGAUAAACUUGGUAAACGCAAGCAAUACUAUGACGAUUUGUUCGCCUAAAGUCCAUAUUGUUCACCAAAUCAGGAGUUUGUCAGAAUCAUCAUUUCACAUAACAUCUCAUUUGUUACUUCAUUUCAAUUAUUUUGGCUAGUUUUACUUUCUUGACAAACAUGAACGAACGGAAACUGAUUUUAAUAUAUAUUUAUCUUUAGUUAAACGAACAAAAAAUGUGAUACACUGAGUAUUUUUUAUUUUGUAUUGUUUUAGAUCUUAGAAUGUAACGACCCGCGAAAAAUUGUAAUAUAAACUACGUUAUUUCGAUUCACUACAAACAUAGAUGAUAUUUUUUGAAGGUUAGCUUUCCUUCAUUUUUUAUUGCGAUGAAUCGAUGAAAUUAAGAGGACAAUUUUACAAACAACAGAACAUUUCUUGUUCUAGGUUAGCAAGAUAUCAUAAUUUAUCAAUUUUAAAAUAUCUGACAUGUAAAAAUAUGACAAUUGUAAAUAGAUAGACGAUUAAGAAUAAUUGAAAUAAAAGAACUAUAAUUGAAA